AUGAAACUCAUCAUUGUCGGGGCCAGUGGGUUUGUUGCAACGGAACUCAUCAGCCAGGCUUUGCGCCGGCCCGAUGUCACAAGUCUCGUCGCCCUAUCUCGCAAACCCGUCACUGCCCCUGACGGUGAAAAUGCGGCCAAGUUGAAGAGUGUAGUCAUUAGCGACUAUGGAGAGUAUCCUGAUGAUGUUAAAAAGGAGCUUGCAGGUGCUAACGCUUGCAUAUGGACUGUUCUUGGCCUGGUCUUCCGCUUGACGCCAUUUGGUACCCUACCAGUACAAACAGUCGCAGCUGCGAUGCUGGACCAGGCUGUAACUGGCUUUGAGAAGGAACACUUGGGGAUUGAGGAUCUGAAGAGGAUCGGGGCAAAGGCCAUCGAAGAGAGUGGUAAACGAUGAAGCCGGGACCAGGCGUUACAUGUACCCCGGUGCUACAUUUGGUAUAAGGAUAUCCGUUGGGUACAUGCUUUGAAACAAACUCUUCCAACUGACAAAUACAUCAAAUCUUCCUACAUGUUUCUCAAGGUCUGUUUCAAGUCGUCGAGUGCGCAAGGCUGCGUGCCAGGGCUGGGUUUUGCUAGCCGCUGCUCUGUUUGGUUGAGUUGGAGGGUUCCACCAUCAAUGCCUGUUACAUACAUACAUUGCCAAUUCUUGAGUUCUUCAGACGUACUGGAUUUAUACUAGCUGCCACCAUCUAAAUGCCAUUGCUCAACAGAUGAUAG